GGAAGAAAAGUAUAAAAGGAGACGCACCGCUUUAAUUCCUACCCUCUUGGAAUCUUCUACAGAGGAAAGAAGGCAACGUCUCCCUUUGAACGUGUAAAUGAAAACUGCAUAGCUUUAAUAAUAAGUGUACGCUUUGGAACCGCAGUUUUUAUUGGACUUUACAAUUUUCAUAAACAAAAUUUCCCCAUUUUCUUCUCAACUAACCCAUACAAAAAUCUCUCUAAAAUUCACCCAAAACCCAGAUUCCAUUUUUUGUUAUUUUCUGUUUCUAUUACACUUUCAAUUGAAGGAGAAUUCUUCAGAUCAAAACCAUGGAGGCAGCUUCCUAUACUAAACUUUCUGGUCCCUGUCUGCGGAAUUAUGAUUCUAGAUUUUCAAGAUCGAUUCCUCGGGGCAGAUAUAUUGCGUCUGCCUCACGCUAUUCUUCUGAGGGAUUCAAUGAUGCUGAUAAACCUUCAUCUAAAUCCCUUAUCAUCUCAAAUUCUGACUCGAAUACCCAAAAUCAUAGCGUUCUCAAAGGACCCAAUCUCAGUGGUGGACCAAUUCAGAAGAGAAAUCUGAACUUACAAGCGAAUAGCGCUGUGGGGGUUUGCACUUUCCCUGAAAAUGUUGUAGAAUCUCAUUACGCACAUGCCGCGGAGGAGAAGCUUGGGGUCCUACUUUUGAAUCUUGGAGGGCCUGAGACUCUUGACGAUGUUCAACCGUUUCUUUUUAACUUAUUUGCUGAUCCUGAUAUAAUACGGCUGCCUAUGCUGUUUAAGUUUCUUCAACGACCAUUGGCAAAGUUAAUAUCUGUUCUUCGGGCUCCCAAAAGUAAAGAAGGGUAUGCUGCCAUUGGUGGUGGCUCACCUUUGCGUAAAAUAACUGAUGAACAGGCGGAUGCUCUUAGAAUGGCUUUGGAGGCAAAGAAUGUACGUGCCAAUGUAUAUGUUGGAAUGCGAUAUUGGUACCCAUUCACCGAGGAGGCAAUUGAGCAGAUUAAGCGGGACAGAAUAACAAAGCUUGUUGUGCUCCCACUAUAUCCUCAGUUUUCCAUCUCCACAACUGGGUCUAGCAUUCGAGUUAUUCAGCGUAUAUUCAGGGAAGAUGCUUAUUUAUCGAGACUACCUGUUUCUGUCAUUCUUUCAUGGUAUCAACGACAAGGUUAUAUUAGGUCUAUGGCUGAUUUGAUUGAGAAAGAGUUGGGUGGAUUUGCAAAGCCUGAAGAGGUCAUGAUAUUCUUCAGUGCCCAUGGGGUGCCUGUCAGUUAUGUUGAGGAUGCUGGAGAUCCGUACAAAGAUCAAAUGGAGGAGUGCAUCUACUUAAUUAUGCAAGAGCUGAAAUCUAGAGGAAUUGGAAAUGAUCAUACCCUUGCUUACCAGAGUCGAGUUGGGCCUGUGCAAUGGUUGAAGCCCUACACUGAUGAAGUUCUUGCUGAGAUUGGCCAGAAAGGUGUGAAGAGUCUUCUAGCUGUUCCCAUAAGCUUUGUGAGUGAGCACAUAGAGACUCUUGAAGAGAUUGACAUGGAAUAUAAACAUUUAGCACUCGAAUCCGGCAUCGAGAAUUGGGGUCGGGUGCCUGCUCUAGGUUGCACCACUUCAUUCAUAACAGAUCUAGCUGAUGCUGUGGUUGAAGCUCUACCAUCAGCAAAAGCCCUGUCAACCUCAAUGGACACUGCUGAAGAAGCCGAUUAUGAGCCCUUGAGAUACGUUGUCAAAAUGUUCUUCGGUUCAAUCUUGGCAUUCGUUUUGCUAUUGACACCAAAGGUGGUACUUGCAUUUAGGAAUUAUCUCUUUUAGUGAAGAUUAAAGAAAGCUUAUUAUAUUCACAGAGAAUACAGGAUGAAUUAUAUUAAGUAAAAAUUACAUACCUGUUUGGAUGCCUCCCCAUUUUGGCAUACAUAAAGAAAAAGAUGAGAUUUUUGAGAUGUUACUUUUUGGAACCAGGAAGUUUUUUCCCAGUGAGAUAAUACUUUAGAAAAAA